UCUAGCGGUCUCCCUCGUUCCUCCUCCGCGCCCAGCAUGUCGCACCCUCUCAAAACGCCCGAGAUCGUCACCAUAAUCAUGGACUUUGUUAUGGAGGACGGCUAUGACCGCGCGAUCUGGUCUGCGUGUCACGUCAACAAGCUAUGGGAAGCGGUCGCUCACCCGCGACUCUGGUCGGAUGUCGAUCUGACAGCCGUUCUGAUGCGUCUGCCCGAGGACGCGUGGCAUAUCUACACCGACAACAGGGCCCCCGCCCGGAGGCGGGCCAUUGGUACGAAAUGCGACGCUUCGACGCAGACGGAUGAAUGGAAUCACUCCUCGAAGGGCGUACCCCACCCUACAUUCGCUUUCCGUCGCCCCAUCGCCAAUGACGAAUGGAUGUCCAUCUUGCCCUUCACGAGGCUCGUCAGGAAUCUGAGAACCAUCGGGGGGCCCACGAACUCGGACACGCUCCGCUCUAGAUGGGGUCACCUCGCCCUCCACGCUCGUACCGUCUACGACGUGAUCGCCGACUCCAUUCCCGACUUCUGUCUCUUUCCAAACCUUCGGUCUCUCGAUGUCGAGGACUUUGGCACGGACGCGCUUGUCAUGUUCGCUGGCCCAGAGCUUCGAAGCCUGCGCACCGGCACCGACAUCGACAACAUGGACGCUGCUGAAUGCAUCGAGGCUUUCGUGGAUGAGGCGACCGACACUUGCCCGUUCGUCGAGCUGCAUAUCGCUAAUGCCCUCGCCUUGGAAUUACGGGACGAGAAAGGGUCCGCCGCCCUCGAGGAUGCCCUGCUCGCGUGUAGGGCGCUCGAGCGCCUCACUAUCGACCAUCUGCACUCUAUUCAGUGGCGCACCGUAGCAGUGCUGCCCCACCUUGUGGAGCUGCACAUCAGCAAUGGUCGUGAGUUUAAGCACGAAGAUCAGGAUGACGACGACUCCGAUGACGAUGACGAUGCCGACCUGGGCUUUCCGUCGCCUGACGAGAUUGACGGGCCCGCUUUCCCUUCCCUCCGGGCCUUGUCUUUCGUUGAUUCACCGCAGCUGCUUGAGACGAUGUCCAUCCGUCAGCUUCGCCUCUUGCUGGAAAUGAGAGAGGACAAGUGGCCACUGGAGCGUCUGGUGAUUCCAUCCCACACUAUCUACCUUCGCUGGAAGCACCGCGUCCGCACCGUGCACGCUCUGCUCGCAAACCAUAUCGACGCUGAGACCUUGCAGCACCUCGUCAUUGGGACUAUGUAUGGCCCGGUUCGCGCCGACCCGUUCCCGAACAUCAAACCUUUGUUCGCAUUCUACAAUCUCACUGUCCUGCACCUUUUCGCUGAGUUUGACCGUGGUGAUUGUGAGUCCCCGCCGCUCGACCCAGACGAGGCGGCGACCAUCGCACGCCGCUUCCCGCACCUCCGUGAUCUCCUUCUAUGCGCCAAGUUCCCUCUCUCGAAACUGCCCGCGUUCGCGCAGUACUGCCCGGACUUGGAGAAACUCCAAUUCACGCCUUGGGUUGACGAAGACGAGGUCGACAGCGGCGGAUCACUUCUCUUUGACCCACCUGCCUUCACAAGCUCCAAGCUUCAGACAGUGAUCCUGAACACAUUCUGGGUGACAAUGGCCCCGGACGGCGCAUGUCGCUUCAAGCUCGAGCUCAAGAGUAUAUUCCGUUAUGCUCGCCGUGUUUUCCCCGAUGCUGCCUUGCGUGAAUACGAUGGCGAUCCUGACGAAAUGGAGGACAUUGAGACGGACUUGGAGGGUUCUGAAGAUGACUCGGAGGACCCAAGCGACGACUCAGAACAGGAUAUGGUAGAGUAGUAGCGAGUGCUAUAUACAGGAUACGAAUACAAUGCCAAGUUCAUUCGUUACUCAUCUUUCCAAUAUCCCUCCUCCAAAAUCGCAUCGUCCGUG